UUUACCAGAUCUCGGGGAUAGCCUCAGGGGGGAGUGCAAUAGAAGUGUGAUUUUUGUUGUUGUUGUUGUGGAAUUCGAGUUUUGCCACCAAGAAUGGUGACAUCUGCAAAGGCGCAUGUUCGGCGGAGUUCGGCGGACGACGCUCUGCACACUUCCGGGAAGGCGGCGACUAAUUCCUUUUCCGGGAAAAGCACGUUGCCCCGGUCCAGUUCCGGGUCCGGGAAAGGCGAGACAUGCUUUUCAUUCCGGAUUCAGACAGCAAAAGAGUCCUCGGCUCAAAGUUUGCAGUUGGUCGCGAUGGCAGCGGAAAACGGAUCGAUGGCAACCUUGCCUGCACAAAAAAUGGCGCCAGUUCCGAGUAAAAAAGGGAACAAGGUCAAACUACCCCCGGGGGGGGAUCCGAGGAUCCCUGCCACCACAACCCCGGUGUCCUCUGCCCUUCCAACACCCCGGACGUGA